CACAAAACUAUAUGUUGACAAACAACCAAGAGUUGCUAAGCUUGCCGUAACCACUUACUUUCAGCUUAGCCUGUCUGUCCGACGCCGCAGUCGCUCUGGCAUAGGGGACAAAGCCUGUCGCAUUCUUAAUGCAUGAUUAGGGAAUACAUAUUCUGCUACAUGGCUUUACUUUGGCCUUUCUGACGGGUCCUUCGACAGACCCUGAUGUACCUGAGCGGCGCUGUAAUACCUCAUUGAGAGCAAGUAAAACGCCAUGGGAUGUGGCGCUUCACAGCCGGCGGCUGGGCCUGCGCGGGAGUUCAGCGCCGUGCUGGACAAAGUCCCCAGCAUGAACAUGGAGGAUAUGCCCUUGCCUGUUAAGUCGCCCUGGGUUUUCAAGGGACGAAGGCAAAACGUCAAGGACCACUAUACCUUUGGCGAAUUGCUAGGCAAAGGAACGUACGGAACAUGUCGUAUAGUGACCGACCGCUUGACUGGCAGGCGUUACGCCUGCAAAUCCAUUCCCAAAAGCCGCCUGGCAACCACCAAAGACGUCCAAAAAGUGAAGCGGGAGGUCGCCAUUAUGGAGCAUCUGGAGGGGCAUCCAAACAUUGUGGCGAUUGAGAAUGUCUUUGAGGACCGCAAGGACGUGCACAUUGUGCAGGAGCUGUGCAGUGGAGGAGAGCUGUUCGAUUCAAUCCUCGAGCACCACCACUACUCCGAGCGCCACGCCGCAACCGCAUUCCGCGCAAUCGCCCGCAUCGUGGCGCAUUGCCACAGCAUGGGCGUCAUGCACCGGGACAUCAAGCCCGAGAACUUCUUGCUAAGCAGUCGGGACAAGGACGCCACUAUUAAGGGCACGGAUUUCGGACUGAGCUGCUUCUUCAAGGAGGGCCAGACGUUCAAGGAGGUGGUCGGGUCGCCCUUCUACGUUGCACCUGAGGUCCUCCGGCGGUGUUACGACAAGCGCGCGGACAUUUGGAGCCUGGGUGUGCUGCUGUACAUCAUGCUAUGCGGAGUGCCGCCGUACUACGGGGACACGGAGAAGGACACCUUCAAAGCUAUUCUGGGCGCUGAGCUGGCCUUCGACUUCCGGCCCUGGCCAAGCAUCUCGCACGCGGCUAAGGACGUUAUUCGCCGCAUGCUGGAGAGAGACCCCGCCAAACGAGCCACCGCUGCUGAGGUACUGUCGCACGAGUGGGUGCGAGAGGACGGUACGGCGGCCGCCGAGCCGCUGAGUCACGACGUGCUGCCGCAGCUGCGCAACUUUGCUGCGCUCAAUAAGCUGCAGCAGGAAGCGAUUAAGGUAAUCGCGACGCACCUGCCGGAGAACGAGAUCUCCGGCCUCAAGGCAUUGUUCAUGGAGAUCAACGCGGCGGGAUCUGGCUGCAUCACGGUGGACGAGCUGCGGGAGGCUCUGCGCAAGAAGGGCACGCGCGUAUCCCCCGAUGAGCUCCGUUGCAUCAUGGCUCAGGCGGACUUUAAGCGAGAUGGCACUCUGGAUUAUGAGGAAUUCUUGGCUGCCACCAUGAACCUCUCCAAGCUGGAACACGAUGAGCAUCUCUACAUGGCCUUCCGCUUCUUCGACAAACAUGACGUGGGCUACAUCACGCGUGAGCGGCUGGCGGCUGUGCUGCACAAGUCGCCGUACGACCCCGAGAUUGAGGAGCUGCUGCAGCAGGCUGACCGCAACGGGGACGGUCGCAUCGAUUACAAUGAGUUCCGGGCGCUUAUGCGCAGCGGCAGCAGCAACAUCAGCGACAGCAGCAGCGUGCUCAACAAGACAUCGCUGGCCCGUUCCUCCGUCGAAAAGGGCCUUAUGCGCCGGGUACGGCCCCAUGCCGUACUGGAUCUCCAGAAACUUCGUGUCGAGAGCGUUUCGCCGUACGAAUGCCCUCUGGCAGCGCGGUACGACGACCGUCUUCCCCCGAUUGCAUUCGCCAACAGGGUCGGCAUAAAGGGCAUCCCGGGGACUCCACCAUCGCACAACCCCACCACCUCCAUCGGCGUCGUGGCGCCCCUGCCGCUGCUCCCGGCGCCUAGACGGCUGCCGCCGCCCUUCAGUCCGAAUACCGCCGCGCACUGCAAGGGCGCGCUGGCAAUGAUAACCAACGGAACCAUGAGCCCCAGCAGCAGCACUACCAGUUUGCCAAACCUCGCCGUCCCGCCGAUGGAGGUUUAAAGAGGCUCGGUGGCUUAACGCAAGCAGCCGAGCAGCUAAGCAGGGUGAGCGUGCGCGCCUCGGCCGCUGCAGGAAGUAAACGAAUUUAAGUAAAGGUUCCAAGCGUGAGGUAAAAGGAGUUCCAAACAAGAGGGCGGAGCAGCCUCGGUCCCACGAAGAUUUGUGUGAAUGUUGACAAUGUUUAGUGCAUGACGUGCCUGGUGCAGUUGACUAUGGUUGCUGUUCAUUCUUUCUUUUGACAUGUUGGCAAAAGUUGAUGACGACAAAUGCUGGGGAAGUAGGGGCGCCAGUCGCGUUCAUUCAAAUUCCUCGUAAUGCCCCUGGCAACGGACUGGCUGGCUGUUUGUUGGUAAGGAGCAUUAACGACGGUGCUAUGAGUGAUUGGAAGGAAGAAUGGAUAAAGGAUGGUGGGUGAAUGGAUUGCCAUGGUUGUCACUGUGCUCAAAGCGUGCGGUUUCUGUUCUCUGGUGGGUUGUUGGGACUGUUGGACCUAUAGGAAUUUGCAGCUGGGAUGGACCUCUUCCUUUCUGCCCGGCCAGCGCACCAUUUCGGCGGUGACUGCUUGCAGUAAGGGAGGUUGCUUGCGUGGGG